ACAGUAUAUAACCUCAGGGGAACGAGCUUUUCUCCUGUUAACUAAUCUCUAUGGUCAGGUGGAGCUGAUGUUGACACCAUGCAGCGACGAGGAGUACACCUGUGGAGACGGCACCUGCAUCUCUAGGGAUUACAACUGCGACACUUACACUGACUGCCCCGACCAGUCCGACGAGCUCAACUGCGAGAUUGUUAUCGUGCCGAAGGGCUACUCUGAGGAGCUCUUUCCACCAAGCUUUACCAAUGACCCACUGUCGAUCCAGUUCUUCAUCAACAUCACCUCCGUCAGGACCUUUGAUCUGGCUUCCUUCAACGUUGCCAUAGACGCCAUAUGGCACACUAAAUGGUUCGACUCGAGGCUGACGUUCGCCAACUUGGCGAGUAACUAUCAGACCAAUAAAGUUAGACACUGGGAGAGGCUGUGGACGCCAGAACUGCAGGUGACUGACGGCACCAAGAGCCUGGUGAAAGGGGCACAGGUGCCAGGAGAUGUUUACGUCAUCCGCAGGACGGAACCCUUACCUGACAACGACCAGAGAAUAAUAGAAGAUCACACGUACAGCGGGAAGAACAACACCCUGAUGUACAAACAACAAGACACGCUAGAGUUCAGGUGUCACCUCGACCUUCACCUCUACCCCUUUGACACCCAGAAAUGCUACCUCGUAUUCAGCGUCCGGGACCUCACCUAUGGCCAGGGCGUUCUUCUCAAGGUAGUGUUCACACCCAGGGUGUCCUUCUCAAGGAAGUGUUCACACCCAGGGUGUCCUUCUCAAGGUAGUGUUCACACCCAGAGUGUCCUUCUCAAAGUAGUGUUCACACCCAGGGUGUCCUUCUCAAGGUAGUGUUUACACCCAGGGUGUCCUUCUCAAAGUAGUGUUUACACCCAGGGUGUCUUUCUCAAAGUGGUGUUCACACCCAAGAUGUCCUUCUCAAAGUAGUGACCACACCCACACCCUGGGAACGUCCACGCCUAGGACGUCCAUCUCAGUGUCCACGUCCACUCUCAGAGUGGUCUUUCUUCAGCGUCCGAACUUAAAACUAAUUCUAUUUUAUUGAAAAAAAGUUAACGUACGA